AUUUUUUUAAGAGUUUCUCAAAAUAAAAAUAAUAAGAAACAAUUGAUUUAUGUAUAAAAAUGGGACUGAACGUCUCUUAAUCAGAAUUGGUAAAAACCUCUUACCUGUCAAUCUGUGGUUGAGUUUGCUUCUUUUAACAAAAUAAAAAAAAUAGCAAUUUCUUCUCUUCUCUCUAUCGAUCUGAUACGAACAAAGAGGUUUAUGGAUGAGAUUGGAGAAAGAAGAAGAAGAACUCUUCAAACUCUCAGUUUCUUCACUUGAUUAGUCGACCAGAACAACAAAAGAAUAGUCCUUGCGUUACAGAGUGGUUUGAAGAGCGAGGUGACAUGGGCAUUGAACACGCUUACAUUGCUCUCUUUCAAGGAGAAAGAGGAUAUUCGAAGAAACUUCACUCCUCUAGCGAAGAUAUUGGCUUGCUUGAUGCUCUUUUCUUAAUCAUAGAUAACUAGCGUGACAUAGCUCUCCCAAAGGACCUGACAAGAGGAGCUAGGGUCAUAUCAGCAUCUAGUAGCUCUUGAUUGUGGAUCUGGCGUUGGGAAGAUCACCAAGAAUCUCCUGAUACGGUACUUCAACGAGGUGAGUGUUUUUCUUCUUUGAUUCACUAACUUGUGCUCUGUUCUUCUCUGUUUUAUGCCAGGUUGAUCUUCUUGAGACAUGAAAUCAUUUGCAGAUUGUGUACCUCAACGACUUUGUUUCUUCUCUUCAGCAAGAGAUGUUUGCUGUGAGAAUGUAUGCUUUAGCGGUUGAUAUACCAACCAAACUCCAUAAUUUGAUUGGUUUUGGUUUUAGUGAACAAAGGUGUUUUUUUUUUAAUUCUUAAUAACCCUUAUUGGGUUCUACCAUUGGAAGAGAAAAAAAACUAAAGUUUUUUAUAAAGUUCUUAAAAUAGGAUAAUAGAAAAUUUAUAUUAAAA